ACCUUUGCUGGGUCCUAGGGGCGGGACGGCGAAUCCGAGGAAAGAUGGCGGCGCCCUGGUGUCGAGCUGUGCUGGGUGGAAGUCGGGGGUGGCGGGGCUUCAACACCUCGGCCGCGCUGAGCCGCAGGACCCCCCCACUGGGGCCGAUGCCCAACGAGGACAUCGAUGUGAACAACCUGGAGCGGCUAGAGAAAUACCGCAGCUUCGACCGCUACCGGCGCCGGGCUGAGCAGGAGGCGCGGGCCCCGCACUGGUGGCGGACCUACCGCGAGCACUUCGUGGAGGAAUCAGAUCCCAAAGACAAGGUUGACAUUGGGCUGCCUCCACCCAAGGUCUGUCGGACCCAACAACUGUUGGAGCGAAAACAGGUCCUCCGGGAACUGCGGGCCAACGUGGAGGAGGAGCGGGCCGCCCGGCUGCGCACAGGGCGUAUCCCGCUGGAGGCUGUUCGGGCUGAAUGGGAGAGGACCUGUGGCCCCUACCACAAGCAGCGUCUGGCAGAGUACUAUGGCCUCUACCGAGACCUGUUCCACGGUGCCACUUUCGUGCCCCGUGUGCCCCUGCACGUGGCCUAUACCGUGGGUGAGGAUGAGUUGGUGCCUGUGUACCACGGCAAUGAGGUCACGCCAACCGAGGCUGCCCAGGCCCCAGAGGUGACCUAUGAGGCGGACGAGGGCUCCACGUGGACACUGCUGCUCACCAACCUGGAUGGACACCUGCUGGAGCCGGAUGCCGAGUAUAUCCACUGGCUGGUAACCAACAUCCCGGGCAACAGGGUGGCUGAAGGACAGGAGACGUGCCCCUACCUCCCCCCGUUCCCCGCCCGGGGCUCUGGCUUCCACCGCUUUGCCUUCCUGCUCUUCAAGCAGGACAAGCCAAUGGACUUCUCUGGGGACACCCGGCCUUCACCCUGUUACCAGCUUGCCCAGCGAACCUUCCACACAUUUGAUUUCUACAAGAAGCACCAGGAAGCCAUGACCCCAGCUGGCCUGGCCUUCUUCCAGUGUCGCUGGGAUGACUCGGUCACCCACAUCUUCCACCAGCUUUUGGACAUGCGGGAGCCAGUGUUCGAGUUCGUCCGGCCGCCUCCUUACCACCCCAGGCAGAAGCACUUCCCCCACCGGCAGCCCUUGCGCUACCUGGACCGGUACAGAGACAGUCACGAACCCACCUACGGCAUCUACUGAGUGGCCAGGCUGCCACCACCUUGGAGAGUGCUCCACGCCUCUCAAGCCACUCCGUCAGGCUCUGCAGGCAGGAACCAUUCAGACCCAGCUCCAGAGCCACGCUGUGGGGUUGUAGGCCCUGCCUGCGGUAGCCCCCCUGUGGUCCCCCUAGCAGGCCCAGGGCCUGGGGGAGAAGUGGCAGCAGGGAUGGCUAUGUGAAUAAAGACGGUUUCUGCUGUG